AUGGACACAAUUCCAGAUUGUUACAAUGCUUUCGACGAAUCACUUUCAGCUAAUUCAUGUUCAUUAAAUGAUAAAUAUCGUUUUAAUUGUAUAUCCGAGAAAAAAUGUCCGUUACUUACAAUGGUAAAUAACAAUGUAAAACAAUGUAUUGGCGGUGAAGAUGAACCCGAUUCUGAUGGACAGAUAACGGAUAUUCAGAAACUUCCUUUCUCUGCUUUAUGUGAUGGCAGGAGAGACAUAUUUUCUUCGCCAGACGAAACCGACGAAACUCAUUGUGAGCAAUGGCCAUGUGUCAAUCAAUAUACAGAAUGCAAUGACAUAUGGCAAUGUCCAAAAGGAAUUGACGAAAUCAAUUGUCCUUCGAAAUUCCACUGCCCUACUGAUCAUCAUCCUUGUGUAUUUUCAAAGAACCAGACAAUCGGCUGUUUGCAUCUAAAUCGCACUGAAGAUGGAAUUGUGGAUUGUCUUGGAGCAACAGAUGAGAGACCAUUUUGUCGUCUAUUUUACCCAACUGAUAAGCUUAGACGUUAUCGGUGCUGGAACGACACUUCAUGUGUUUUUUACCCGUUCCGUUGUCGUGAAUGCAAUAAAUUAGAUGGUAUCGAUGAACUUUGCCAACAAAAUCACGAUAAAAUUCCAGAUAUGCUCCAAUACUUUCAUGAUAUGCUGGACAUUUAUCUUAUCACAAGAUUACCAUUUUCUCUUGAGUCUUCACGUCCAUUUCCCUUGAAACAAUCGCUGCCAUUGGUUAACAAACUCAUACAAUAUCAGAUGAAAGAAAUAGAAGAAUCAAAAGGCGAGAAUGAGUUGGACAUGCAGCAAGUAUGGUUAUGUAAUCGAGGUAUAUUAAUUUACGUCGGUCAAAAUGAAAGUGAACAAUGUCUAUGCCCACCAAGUUAUUAUGGUGAUCGCUGUCAAUAUCAAAAUCAACGUGUUAGUCUUACUCUUCGACUGCGGAACGAAAAUUUAGAAAAAAUUAAUGUCAUUGCUAUUAUUGUCACUUUAGUUGAUGAUACUGAUUUCAUUCAUUCAUAUGAGCAAUUCACCUAUAUCUCUGUUCGUGAUUGCAAUACUAAAUUCAAUACUUAUCUACUCUAUCAAGAUCGACCGAAAAAUAUGACGAAGAACUACACAAUCCAUAUUGAUGCUUAUGAUAAAACCGAUCUUCUUUAUCUUACAAGUUGGAAAUUGCCAGUUAGAUUUCCUUUUAUGCCUGUCAAUCGUGAGAGUGCCCUACUGGUAAUUCCAGCAUUACAUAACUGUUACCGAACAUGUAACUCAAAGUAUCAUGAACAAAAGAGAAAUAGUAAUAUCGAAUCUUGUCGAUGUAAAUCGAAUCACUCUAGGUUGAUUUCUAUUAAUCAAGAUCAAUGCAAUUGCUCACCAGAUUCCAUUUGUGUUGGUCUUGUAAAUAAUAGAUCGAUUUGUCUUUGUCCUUUAACAAAAGCAUCACCACGAUGUUUUCUUAACUCGAUCUGUCAAGUGAAUGUAUGUUUAAAUCAAGGUGUUUGCGUCCCAGAAAAUGAUCGAAUUUCUUUGACAAAUUUCACAUGUAUCUGUCAAGAUGCAUUUACUGGACAACGAUGUGAAGAAAAUGAUGCCAAAAUUGAUAUCUCAUUUUCUGAUGUGUCGAUUCCUCAAUCGCUUCUAGUUCACUUUAUUACAGUGCAUAAAUAUGACGCCAGAACUCAGAAUCCAAUGCCAACUCGAGCGACUAUGUUCAAAAGGAUUGAUUUCGAUCAAGAUACAGUCACUUUCUACAUGUCAUUGCCAUUUCAUCUUGUCUUCGCUCAAAUUCAAACAAAAUUUUAUCUUAUUGUUGUUCAAUCUAACUAUACACGUUCAGCUAAUAUUUCUACAGAAGUUGCUCGAUCACAACAUUGUCCACACAUUCGAGAACUCUUUGAUCAACAAAUUCUUGAUUAUCCAAUUCUUCAUCGAGUUAAAUACUAUCAUCUUCCAUGCAUGCAAGAUUCUCAUCUUUUUUGUUUUCAUGAUAAUGAAUCAUUUAUGUGUCUUUGUACAGAAAAAAGGCAUGCCAAUUGUUUUCAUUUCGAUUUCAAUAUGACUUACAACUGUAUGGGUUGGAAUGAUUGUCAGAAUGAAGGACAAUGUUUUCAAGAUCAUCCAACAUGCCCAACAAAGACAAUGUGUGUCUGUCGGGAAUGUUUUUAUGGUACGAAAUGUCAUUUCAAUACGAAACAAUUCGGCCUCUCACUGGAUGCUAUGUUGGGUUAUCAAAUUCGUCCUCGUCUACCAAUUACGAGACAAUCUAUAUUUAUCAAAAUGUGUUAUUCUUUGAAACAAUUGGGAUUACAUAGUGAAACGUCACAAUCUGGGCAAUAA